UAGUACAAUUGAGCCUCCGCCACACACGCACGCGCAGACGACUAAACACAAACACGAUAAGAUUUUGACGAAUCUAGUAGCAUUCUGGCGUACGUGUAUUGUCGUGUAUAAAGUCAUCCCCCGCAUGCUUGACGGUUUGUGGCUUGUGGUUUGCUGUGAAAAAAAAUGUAUCUUCGAGCGAGUCUAUUCAAAAACAGCUGAUGAACGUGCGACUGCUUUUUUUAUUGAGUGCACCGGCGGCGGAGCUCUCGUCUCGCUGGUUUUGCUCGCUCAGUCAGCUGUUUUCAUUGUUUUCAUUUUUUAACAAGCGUUUCUUGACAAUCGCGUGAAUAAUAUUCGGUCCGAUAACAACAUGAGGAAUUGAUAUUUGAACGGACCAAACGUUAUUUCAUUGUUUACGAUGGUCGCUGCUGUCAAUUGGUCGGAACUUUUUCCUGGAAAAUGGAGCUUAUUUAUUUUCAUCUCGUACAUGGCACUCUUCGUUAAUCAAGGAAUAAUUGUCACGUGGUCGCAGAGCAAAGGAGAAUACGAUUACAAUAUCGUGACGGUAGUCCUCAUGACAGAGGUUCUCAAACUCAUCGUUUCCGGCAGCUUGUAUUGUUGGGACCAGGGAAUUUCGCUCCUUUUUCGCGAGAUCGUACAACACAAACAUGUUCUCUUGCUCUACAUGAUACCAUCGUUUCUCUACUGCAUUUACAACAAUCUCGCGUUCGUUAAUUUGGCAGUUUUCGACCCGACAACGUACUAUUUGUUACUUCAAUUUCGAGUGGUUAUGACCGGUAUUAUAUUUCAGUUCGUCUUCAACAAGAGAUUGUCGACGAAGCAAUGGUUGUCUCUGGUGCUGCUGACCCUGGGCUGCAUGAUGAAAAAUCUUAAUUUCGGAUACGGAAGUGCCUCGUUCUUUUCCACAUUCCAGCUCAACAUCAACACUCUCUUUAUUUUUGUUCAGAUAAUAUCCUCCUGUCUGGCGGGUGUUUACAACGAGUAUUUGUUGAAGGCGCAAGGAUCGAAAAUCAACAUAUUUUUACAAAACGUUUUCAUGUACGGUGAUAGCAUACUGUGCAACUUCUUUAUCUUGGGGUUACAAGGAAAUGUACCGGCGGCAUUCGAGAACGUCGGUGGGAGUAUACUGUUGAAACCGAAAGUGCUGGCCGUCAUGGUGAACAACGCGGCGAUCGGUAUAACGACGAGUUUUUUUCUCAAAAAUUUGAACUCCAUUUUGAAGACGUUUGCAAGUGCCCUGGAACUCGUAUUCACUGCCGUAUUGUGUUGGCUCUUAUUUGGAAUACCAAUUUACUUGAAUACCGUCAUUGCCAUCACGAUGGUCAGUUACGCGGUUCUCCUGUAUUCGCAAAAUCCUGUCAAUAAUUCAAACCAAAGAGUACACUCAGACGCUGAAGACAAGGAGAAUCUUCUCCGAUCAACCCACAACAAAACUAUAACAAACGUAUGAAUCAACGGUCGUCGAAAUGAAAUUCGAGCUGGAAAAUAUCGACGACCGUCUUAAUCCUUUUUUCUUUGUUCUAUUCGUACGAUCCGGUACAAAGUAUAAACUUUUGUACGCAAUAUCAAACGCAAGAUUUUGCUCAAUUUGUUUCUUCGACAGUCAUCAUUUGAUGACAAACAAGUUCGUCGAGAAAAUUUUCUUAAAAAGCAACUUCUGAUUUACAAAAAAAAUGGUUUUUUAUCUUGGUGCUAGAACUGCCAAACACUGAUUUUCGAAUUAAUCAGUCAAUUUUUUGUUCACUCUUUUGGAGAAUUUACUCACGGACUGAUCUGAAGUUUAUUGAAACUUCGUUGCAAAUAAUUUGUUCAAGUACCAACCGUUUGGGCACGAAUAUUUCAUAAUUGCACGAGAUAAUGAAAAGUUGCUUCGACUGGCUGAAUCAAGCUGAGAAAUAAUUCUCAGAGUUUCGCUCAAAUCACAAAGUAUUGCCUACGGCCAAGUUGUAGAAAAAUUAUAUUUAAGGCGUGAUAUAGAAAAGUAAGAGGGACUAACGAAUUUUCGUACAUUCAAUGACGUUUCAUUGACGCACAUUGAGAAAGAGGCAUCAAAACGAUCUGCAGAUUAGAUUCAGAAUGUAGUUACCAAUUUCUUUAAAGCAGAAUAUCAUAACAGAAUAGAAAAUUAAUUAAAUCGAUUGUGAAAUCGAUCGAAUUUUAUCGCAAGAUACCAAAGAGACUCGUUAUUUUUUCAACAAGUUCGAAUUGAUGAUCCAGCUUCAUUUAAUUUUGACAGAAAAUUUAUGAAAAAGAUAGUUGUUCCUUUGGAUUCUCUGUUCCGUAUAUAUUUUGAAAUUAUUUUAUUAAACGUUCAAACGGCGCAACGAAAGAAAAAACUUGUUGGAUGAUGAUUGUAUCGUAUUAUUGUAUGACCGGCGAUUAUAAAAUUGCACAAUUACCAGAA